AUGGGGGAAAGCCAGCAGGAAGCCUCCAUGAAUAGCUGCGGGAAGGAAGCGGGGAAGAUCGGAUUGGGGACGAUGGAUGCUGUGCCCUCCCUGGGAGGCUCCCUCCUACCACUCUGCCUGGUGACGCUCCUCCCUGGUUUGUCCGGCCUCAUUCAGGACUUCGUUUUCCUUCCAGACUGGGCCUUCUCCUCCUACGAGGUGAUCACCCCUCGGCAGCUAGGAACGCGCAGGGGGGACCCCGAGGGAGCCGGCGGGGUGUCCUACCUCCUGCGCGUGGAGGGCAAGAGGCACGUCGUUCAUUUGCGGGUCAAGAAGCUUCUGUUGUCUAGACACCUGCAGAUUUUCUCCUUCACAGAACGCGGAGCCAGACUGGAGGAUCAGCCUCACAUCCCUGCAGACUGCAACUAUGAGGGUUUUGUGGAGGGCUCCCAGGACUCCCAGGCUAUCUUGAGCACCUGCUUUGGGGGGCUUCGGGGGAUACUGAACAUGAAUGGAAGCCUUUACCAAGUGGAACCCCUGAAGGCCUCCACCAAAUUUGAACAUGUAUUAUAUCGCUUGAGAGAGGAACGGAUGGCCAACCAGACCUGCGGCUUAACUGACGAAGAAAUAGCCCGUCAAUUAGCCCAGAGUCAGAGGCUGGAGGUGCUUAGCAAGACAGAUUUUUCGGAGUCCUAUGUACACCUAAAGUAUAUAGAGUUGAUGCUCGUGAUGGACCACGACAGGUAUUUGACUCGACACUCCAAUAUGACGCAGAUGAUUGCUGAUUGCCUCACCUUGUCAGUAAUAGCGGACGCAAACUUUAAUACCUUGAAUGCUCACAUUCAUCUGAUAGCCAUUGAAGUAUGGACAGACAAGAAUAAAAUUGAUGAAAAUGGGAAUAGGUUACUCCAAGUUUUACAGUUAUUUUCUUUCUAUAAAAAACAUGUUCUUUAUCCUCGGAUCUCCAUGGAUUGGGCUCACUUAUUUGUGGGCAAGCAGUUUGGGGAUGCUGCGGGAUGGGCUUGGGUCUCUGGUGCUUGUCACUCAUUUACAGCAUCUUCAAUCAGCAGCCUACCCUGGAAAAGCCAUCUCGAUUACGCUUUGGGGUUUGUUCAUGAAAUGGGGCAUGGCUUCGGCAUGGCCCACGAUUCAGAGUUCUGUGUUUGUGCAGCCAAAAGGUGCCUCAUGGACUCUUCCCUGGGAGGCCGCACGUUCAGCAACUGUAGCUUUGAGAGUUAUUUUGAUUUUGUCACCAAGAAAGGAAAAUGUCUGUAUAACGUUCCAGGCGUGGUAUACAGGGUAGAGAGAUGUGGCAACAAAGUGGUGGAGAAAGGAGAGGAUUGCGACUGUGGCUCCAAAGCAGAAUGUAGACACGAUAAAUGUUGUUUGCCAACUUGCAAAUUUAAACGAAGGGCUCAGUGUAAUUCUGGUCUUUGCUGUAAACACUGCCGUUUUCAUCCACCAGGAAAGCUAUGUAGACCCAAGAGAUCUGAGUGUGACCUUGAUGAGUUCUGCAAUGGUACCACCAAUCUCUGCCCAGAGGACUUCUAUAAACAAGAUGGUACCCCCUGUGAUUAUAACAAGACUGGCCUUUGUUACCAAAAUAGUUGCCAUUCUCAUCUCCAGCAGUGUAGAAAGCUUUUUGGUCAUAGUGCCCGGAACGGUCCAGCUUGUUGCUAUGCACAAAUAAACCGAGGUGAUCGCUUUGGCAACUGUGGACUCCAGGACAUGGAAUAUAAACGAUGUAAACCUCAGGACAUAAUGUGUGGAAGAGUACAGUGUGUCAAUGUAAAGGGCAUCCCUUCUAUGCCUGAUCACACUUCAAUAAUUCAGACCCAUCUAGAUAAUGUUAUUUGCUGGGGAACAGACUAUCAUGCUGCAAUGGCGACCCUUAAUUUGCCUGAUAUGGGGGAGGUUAAAGAUGGUACCCCUUGUGGCAAGGGGCUCAUCUGUAUUAACAAGUCUUGUCAGAGUAGCUCUCUUCUCAAUUAUGACUGUGAUCCUCAGAAGUGUAGCCGUCGAGGAGUGUGUAAUAACAGGAGGAACUGCCACUGUGACUUUGGAUGGGCCCCUCCAUUCUGCACUGAGCCUGGAUAUGGAGGAAGCGUUGACAGUGGACCUCCCUCAAAAUGGGAGGGGAGAAAGAGUGUAUUCAGGCACCUAAAGUGGAAUCUUUUUGCUUUCCCUCCUUUUCUGACACUGUAUCAGUGGAUAUGGUAUACUCGCUUACUAAAAAUAGAUAGUUAAACAUUUUAAAAAUGCAAAGAAUUCUUAGCAAAGGAGAGAGAAAGAGCAUCUACAUCUUGUUCUUUCCCUGAACAAGAACAGACAAGAUCAUCUUGUAUAUUUACUUUGUAAAGAUAGAUGUUCUUCCUUUAUUUUCUUUUGUUGGAAAAAUAAAACAUUCAUUUUAAAAUGGGAAAUAAGGUUAUUCAUAAUGCUUUCUGCAUUUUGCCUUAUAAUUCUCUUAUAUUAAGAUUAAGGACUCCCAUUCAUCUGACUUUCAAGCCCCCAAAUUAAUCAUCAGAUAACUCCAAGAAAUCGCUGAUAAAACUGUUCUUAACAUCAGCUUUAAGUCACUAAUUGACCGCCUUUGGGUCAAGGGAAAAGAUGAAUUAGUUAAAGUAUUGUGAUUCUAAAUCAGGUUACUAUUCUAAUUCAUGUUUGAGGAAUUUAUUAAUCCCUGCUUAAACUUCUAUCGACUUGUCUAACAAAAAAUGAUUAGAUUGCUGGUAAGAAGGUAAGUCUAUUUAGUGCACUAAAUAGACUGCAAAACAUUGUUUCAGAAUUGAUAGUUAAAGAAAGAUAAAAGCUUCUUAUUCAGACUAGAUUAAGGACUUCAGACUAAACGACUAAUAUUAUUUUGUAAUAUGGUAGCUUAAAGAAGGGAUAGUGAGAAUGCUCAGGAUGCUUUCAUACAAAGAUGUUGAUGAAGAAUUAGUGAAAUUGUUAAGACCAGGACAAGAUUCUCCUUCUUAACUAGGGGUCUUAGCCUUUUCUUGUGUGGUGGCUUUCUUUAAUAAUCUGGGAAAACUUAUGGAUCCCUUCUAAGAACAAUAUUUUUAAAAAAUACAUGGGAUUGUAAUGGAAACUAGUCAUAUUGAAAUA